GAAGUCCACUUCUAAAGGGUCAAACACUGGUAUACUCCAGGGCAUCUUCAAUUCCAUAACAUUCUUCUUUGAUUCGAAGCUCGAUCUCCUGUAUCCAGAUCGAAAAUGGCGGCAUCUCAAGAGCAUUUGGACAAGAUGCAGCUCCGUCAAAACUACCGGAAUCUAUGGCACACCAAUCUCAUGAACACCAUCACUGCUGAUACUCCUUACUGCUGCUUUUCGUUAUUCUGUGGUCCAUGUGUAUCAUACUUGCUUCGUAAGCGAGCUCUGUAUAAUGAUAUGUCAAGAUAUACAUGCUGUGCUGGAUAUAUGCCAUGUAGUGGAAGAUGUGGAGAAAGUAAAUGCCCUGAGUUAUGUCUUUGCACUGAGGUGUUUUUGUGCUUUGGGAACUCAGUGGCAUCUACUCGGUUUCUGUUGCAAGAUGAGUUCAACAUACAAACAACUAAAUGCGAUAAUUGCAUCAUUGGUUUCAUGUUUUGUCUCCAACAACUUGCAUGCAUAUUCUCCAUUGUUGCUUGCCUUGUUGGAAGUGAAGAACUCAGUGAAGCAUCUCAGUUGCUCAAUUGCUUAGCUGAUUUGGUUUAUUGCACGGUUUGCGCGUGCAUGCAGACGCAACACAAGGUUGAAAUGGACAAAAGAGAUGGAAAAUUUGGACCACAACCAAUGGCGGUCCCACCAAUGCAGAAUAUGUCAAGGAUUGAUCAGCCAUAUCCGCCUAAUGUCGGAUAUGGCCAACAACCCUAUGGGUAUCCGCCAGCACCACCACCACAAGCAGGCGGAUACCCGCCUGCUGGAUAUCCUCCACAGGGAUAUCCAGCUCCGGGUUACCAGAGGUAAUUUUUUUUUUUUUUUUUUUAUAAAUGUUUUG